ACGCACGUCCUCUGGAGUGUGCAGUAGGCAAAAGUUUAGUAGGAUGGGCUUUUGUGGUGAAGGAUUGAGGCGGCUGUGAUUGGUCUUUCAUGCCGUCUGAGCACAGGGUCUGUAACACUGCCCUACUUCCCACUGGACCGCCGCUGGAUUCCUGCACACUGCUCUCCGGCGCACUGGCUGGUCAUGGCGCUGCGGACUGUCCGAAACUUACCCUGCUUCUUAAGUGUGCUCGGCGUGUUUCUCCUCAGCAGUGGCCCAAACCGGGUGUUCUCGUGUCCGAGCCGCUGUUUAUGUUUCCGUACCACUGUCAGAUGUAUGCAUUUAAACCUGGAAUCAGUGCCCGCUGUUCUUCCUCAGACCACAAUCCUAGAUUUGAGAUUCAACAAAAUCAAGGAUUUACAGCCAGGCUCCUUCAGGCGAUUGAAGAAUCUCAAUACACUCCUUUUAAAUAACAACCACAUCAGAAGAAUCCCAAGAGGAGCCUUUGAAGAUUUGGAAAACCUAAAAUAUCUCUAUCUGUACAAGAAUGAAAUUCAAGCAAUAGACCGAGAAGCUUUUAAGGGGCUCGUCUCUCUAGAACAACUAUACCUGCACUUCAACAACAUUGAGUCACUGGAGCCCGAGUCUUUCUCUCAUCUACCCAAGCUGGAGCGGCUGUUUCUGCACAACAACAGGAUUACUCAUCUUGCUUUAGGAACCUUCUCCCACCUGCAGUCCAUGAAGAGACUGCGGCUGGACUCAAACACACUGCACUGUGACUGUGAACUGCUGUGGUUGGCCGAUCUGUUGAAGCAGUACGCAGAGUCCGGUAACGCUCAGGCCGCAGCUACCUGCGACUAUCCAAGCCGUUUGCAGGGACGCUCGGUCGCCACUCUCACUGCGGAGGAGCUCAACUGUGAAGUUCCCCGGAUCACAUCUGAGCCACAGGAUGUGGACGUAACCUCUGGGAACACUGUGUACUUCACAUGCAGGGCAGAGGGCAACCCCAAACCUCAGAUCAUCUGGCUCAGAAACAACAAUGCUCUGAACAUGAGGGACGACACGCGUCUCAAUCUACUGGAAGAUGGAACCUUGAUGAUCCAGGACACGCGGGAGACGGACCAGGGCGUGUAUCAGUGCAUGGCCAAAAAUGUGGCUGGAGAGGUGAAGACCUCAGAGGUCACCUUACGAUACUUCAGAUCACCUUCUCGACCCAGUUUCGUGAUCCAGCCACAGAACACGGAGGUUCUGGUCGGGGAGAGCGUGACCCUGGAGUGCAGUGCGACGGGUCAGCCACAGCCCCGCGUGACCUGGACCAAAGGAGACCACACGGCCCUCCCCUCGGACCCCCGCAUCAACAUCACUCCUUCAGGAGGUCUCUACAUCCAGAAUGUCAAUCAGGCUGACGGGGGCCAGUACACCUGCUUCGCAAGCAACAACGUCGACACCAUCCACGCCACCGCAUACAUUAUAGUACAGGCUCGUCCUCAGUUCACCGUGACCCCUCAGGACCAGUCUGUGCUGGAGGGUCAUACCGUCGACUUCCCCUGCGAGGCCAGCGGCUACCCUCAGCCUGUCAUAGCCUGGACACGCGGCGGCAGCCCCCUGCCUAAUGACAGACGACACGUUGUUCUCUCAACGGGCAGCUUGCGCAUCAGCCGCGUGGCCCUUCAUGACCAGGGCCAGUACGAAUGCCAGGCGGUCAGUCCUGUUGGCACUGCCAGAGCUGCUGUCCAUCUCAACAUCCUGCAAACCGUAACGCCUGUUUUCACAAGCGCUCCGAGGGAUAUGACUGUGGAGUCUGGAUCAGAUGUCCAGAUUCCGUGCAGCGCUCAGGGUGAGCCCACACCUAUCAUCACAUGGAGCAAGGAUGGAGUCCAGAUUACAGAGAGUGGGAAGUUUCAUAUAAAUCCAGAUGGCUAUCUGGAAGUGCAUGACGUGGGGCUCGCCGAUGGGGGCCGAUACGAGUGUGUAGCCCGCAACUCCAUUGGAUAUUCCUCAUCUAACAUGGUGCUAACAGUGCAAGUCCCACAGGUGAGCAGGGAGGGUGAUCCAUUUGUCUCAACGUCCCUUGAAGAGGCCAUUCGGAGCAUAAACAGCGCAAUAGACUCCACCAGGAGGCAACUCUUUGACGGAUCUCCUCGUACCCCUGCCGAGCUCCUGGCUCUGUUCCGUUACCCUCGGGACCCCUACACAGUGGAGCAGGCCAGAGCUGGGGAGAUUUUUGAGCAGACCCUUCUUCUCAUCCAGAGGCAUGUCAACCAGGGCCUGAUGGUGGACACCAAUGGAACAGCCUACCGCUACAAUGACUUGGUGUCCCCGCGUUUCCUGGAUAUGAUAGCUAACCUGUCUGGCUGCACUGCCCAUCGACGCAUCAACAAUUGCUCGGACAUCUGCUUCCACCAGAAGUAUCGCACUCACGAUGGCACUUGUAACAACCUGCAGCACCCCAUGUGGGGCGCCUCGCUCACUGCCUUCGAGCGCUUGCUCAAGUCCGUCUAUGACAAUGGCUUCAAUCUCCCACGUGGCACCACUGAGAGAUGGCACAACGGCUUCCCUCUGCCACUUCCGCGUCUUGUCUCCACCACCAUGAUCGGCUCGGAGACCAUCACCCCAGACGAUCGCUACACGCACAUGCUUAUGCAAUGGGGCCAGUUCCUGGACCACGACCUGGAUUCAACCGUCGUAUCCCUCAGUCAGUCGCGUUUCUCCGAUGGACAGUUGUGCACCUCAGUGUGCACCAACGACCCACCUUGCUUUCCCAUCAUGUUUCCACCCAACGACCCACGGCAGCGGCGCAAUGGAGCGCGGUGCAUGUUCUUUGUGCGCUCCAGUCCCGUUUGCGGCAGCGGAAUGACCUCUCUGCUUAUGAACUCUGUGUAUCCUCGUGAGCAAAUGAACCAGCUCACAUCCUACAUCGAUGCAUCCAAUGUUUACGGCAGCUCGCAUCACGAGGCCGAGGAGAUUCGUGACUUGGCCAGCCAUAGGGGCAUGUUGCGCCAGGGUAUCGUGCAACGCACCGGUAAGCCGCUGCUCCCCUUUGCAACUGGGCCGCCAACAGAGUGCAUGCGGGAUGAAAACGAGAGUCCCAUUCCUUGCUUUCUAGCUGGUGACCAUCGUGCCAAUGAGCAGCUUGGGUUGACGGCUAUGCACACGGUUUGGUUCCGUGAACAUAACCGAAUAGCCAGUGAGUUGCUUCGUCUCAACCCCCAUUGGGAUGGUGACACCAUUUACCAUGAGGCACGGAAGAUAGUCGGAGCCCAGAUGCAGCAUAUAACCUACAGCCACUGGCUGCCUAAAAUACUGGGUGAGGCUGGCAUGAGGCUAAUGGGUGACUAUAAUGGCUAUAAUCCCAAUAUCAAUGCCGGCAUCCUCAACGCUUUUGCCACCGCUGCCUUCCGCUUCGGUCAUACGCUCAUUAACCCCAUUCUAUACCGGCUCGAUGAAACCUUCCAGCCCAUCCAGCAAGGACACAUCUUACUUCAUAAAGCUUUUUUCUCACCCUUCCGUAUUGUGAACGAAGGUGGCAUUGAUCCUCUGCUCCGUGGUUUGUUUGGAGUGGCAGGGAAAAUGCGAGUGUCCACUCAACUGCUUAACACAGAACUUACCGAACGCCUUUUCUCUAUGGCACAUGCAGUGGCACUGGACCUCGCAGCCAUGAAUAUCCAAAGGGGCCGUGACCACGGUAUACCCCCGUAUAAUGACUACCGGGUGUUCUGCAACCUCACAUCCGCGCAGAAUUUUGACGAUCUGAAGAAUGAGAUUCAGAACCCCACUGUGCGAGAGAAGCUUCAAAGGCUCUACGGUACACCUCUAAAUAUCGACCUGUUUCCUGCACUGAUGGCUGAAGAGCUGGUGCCCGGCAGCAGACUGGGACCAACCCUCAUGUGUUUACUGGCAACCCAGUUCAAGCGUCUGAGAGAUGGUGACCGGUUUUGGUAUGAGAACCCUGGCUCCUUCAGUCCGGCUCAGCUGACCCAGUUGAAGCAGACGUCUCUCGCCCGGGUGUUGUGUGAUAAUAGCGACAACAUCACCCGCAUCCAGUCCGAUGUCUUUACUGUGGCCGACUUCCCUCACGGUUAUGGAAGCUGUGACGAUUUACCUAAGAUUGACCUACGUAUGUGGCAGGACUGCUGUGAAGACUGCCGCACUAAAGGUCAGUUCAACGCCUUGUCGUACCACUUCAGAGGUCGCAGGUCAGCGGAGCACAGCUAUGCUGAGGAGAAGAAACCUGCCGGCAACCUCACUGACAGCAGCAGCACUUUGGAAGAUGCUCAAACUGCAGUAAACUUAACUGUAUCACCAAAGUCAAGCACUGAACCCUCCGUUAAGGAUUUCCAAGACUUUGUUGCUGACAUGCAGAAAACUAUCACAAGUUUACGAAAACAGAUAAAAAGACUUGAAGGUCGUCUGAGCAGGACAGACUGCGCAGAUGAGGAUGGGAGAGAGCGGGUAGAUGGAGAGAGCUGGAAGAAGAACCCCUGCACCACAUGUCAGUGUAAAGGGGCCCAGGUGACGUGUUUCGUGGAAAAGUGUCCGCCGGCAGCAUGUCUGAAUCCUGUGACGCCCACAGGCUCGUGCUGCCCCGUGUGCCUCAUCCAGCCGUCACAACCGCAGGAUACAGAGCAUCGCGUAUAACCUCAGGACACUUAACCCAUGUGACCUUGAGCUCAUGCCUCCAUUUGGUCUAUAGUUGUGUUUCAGGGUUUUUCUGUUGUUUGUCAUGUAUUGGUUUGUUUGUUCGCAUAUCCUCAGACACCCACUACAAAGAACCAAAAAUACACUGCCUUAAAAAGUAUUUGAACAGAUGAAUGUGGGACCCUGUUUUCCUCCUCAGGCCUGUUAACUGGGAGACAACUACCCAAGGUGUUCAUUUACAAGACCAGAGAUGGGCGACUUCGGUCCUGGAGGAACGGUGUCCUGCAUUUCAGUUCAAGCUUCAUCCCUAAUCAAACAUGCCUGAAAAAGCCAAAGUCUUCAGGAUUACUUGAAAAUUACAGGCAGGGGCACUCGAAAAAUAUUUAGGCCUAGAUUUAAGAUUUAUGUCAUUGAAUUGCAUAUAAAAAUUCCAUCCAUUUGGAUAACAGAGUUUUAACAUAAAGUAUUAAACGUAAUGCAAUGCAUAUUUGUCAGUCAUGCAUGAAACGGGUAAGAUUUCUGCAAUAGUACUAAUAAAGUGAAUGUGUUUAAAUACCCAAUAACCAGGUUUAUCAUCAAUAAAUCUCAUACAUUUAAACUAACUGAAUAUUGAUUGUUCCACAGCUAGCCAUAUUUUAAGCAGAUUUAUGGUGCUUCUAAUCAAUCUGAAUGAAUGUAUUUCAAAAAUAUGAUUAUUUAAAUAAAAUCAAAUAAAUGCAAGUACUUAAUAAACUUUGCCGUGAUUUUUUGGAUGCGGAAUGUAUGACUGACAAAUAUGCAUCACAUUAAGUUCAUGAGUUUAUGUUAAAACUGUGUAAUCCAAAUGAAUGGAAAUUUUAUGUGCAAUUCAAAUACAUAAAUCCUAAAUUUAGGCCUAAAUAUUUUUUGAGUGUGUGGAGCUGAACUCUGCAGCGCAACGUCUUUCCAGGACCCGAGUUUCCCAUUUCUGGUUGUUUAAUGGAAGAAGCAUUCUCAGGCUGGAGAUGCUGCAUAACUGGUGCUAUCAUGUCAGCGAUUUACCCGAGUCUUACGAGUGUUGUUUUAUGCAUUUAAUUUUGCAAUAUGCAAUGCAUCAUACAGUAUAUACACUCAUUAUGUGCUUUUUAAAUCCACAUUUGAGCGAAAACUUGUCGUUUUGUAGUUACGCUUAAGAAAUUUUAAACGUUACUUGUGCUUUUACUUUGUUUAUUGUGCAUAGUAUGAUAUUCUGGACACAUGUAGAACAUUAGUUCCCGCUUUGUAUCUUCCUCUCAUGUGAAGAAAAAUGUGAAUACCUUGAAAACAAUCUUUGCAAUGGGGAAAAAAACUCUACUGAUCACCAAAUGUUUGUUUCCCUUGGCAACUGCGGGUUUUCUGAGACCUGAACUUUGGGCGUUCUUUGCUUUAUCUUGACAGAAAGCUGUUAUUGAUGUUUUUGGUUUGGGAGCGACCGAGGUGAAGCGUUUGGGAAGCGCAGCACUGAGCUGAAGUCAGCCUCUCUUCUGAAGUGUUACUGUACUUUUCUACAAAACUCUGUUCUACCAGCACAGUAUUUAUAACCUUGUCAUGAAUGAAGGUCCAGACGUUUCCUUUCUUUUCAAACAGUGUUCAGAGAUGUAAACCGUUGUGCCUCAUCACAAUACAUCACUCGUACCAUACACACUUCUCUCGUUCAGCUGACGCUUUGAUCCAGCAAAAGAGAAAUAUUUGGAGAUGGGAAUUGCAUUUAUGAUUCUGAUUCCAUUAAUGAUUCGUUUUAGUGCCUUGAGUAAUCACUAAAUAAUACUGUAGCAUUUAAACUGGUUCAUAAGAGUCUUUGGUUUGAAGCAGCGAGGACUUCAGUGCUUUCUGUGUGUUUUCUUAUUGUAUUAUUUUCACACGCACAGUAUUUGUCACGUUCAGUUUAGCUUAAAGACUCGACGUUUGCUUUGAUGCUGUAGAAAAACUAGUUUAGUUGUUAACUACCAUUCAAAAGUGAGUCUCUUCUGCUCACCAAGGCUGAAUUUAUUUAAUCAAAAUACAGUAAAAACAGUAAUAUUGUGAAAUAUCAUUACAAUUUAAAAAUUACAAAUAUAUUAAAGCAAAAACAAUGUAAUUUAUUCCCCAUGAUUCUUCAGAAAUCAUUCUAAUAUGCUGAUUUACUGCUCCGUUAUAAUUGGUGCUCAAAUUCUUGUUAUCAGUAUUUUUGUCUUUUUUUCAGGAUUCUUUGAUGAAUAGAAAGUUAAGACAGCAUUUAUUUUAAAUAGAAAUCAGUUGUACAUUAUAGAAUGAUUUCUGAAGGAUCACGUGACACUGAAGACUGAUGCUGAAAAUUCAGCUUUGAUCACUGGAAUAAAUUAUACUGAAAUAGGAAACGGUUCUAUUAAAUAGUCAUAAUAUUUCACAAUAGUGCUGUUUUACUGUAUUUUUAAAUGCAGCCUUGGUAAGCAUAUGAGCCUUCUGUCAAAAAUAUAAAAACUAAAAAAAAAAUCUUUAUUCUAAACUUUUGACCAGUAGUGUCUAUACUGUAUAUAUUAUUAUUAUUAGUGGUAGUAGUUUUUAUAUAUAUGUAUAAACUAGACUCCAGGAAUCCUACAACACUUCUUUUGCUGAAUGUAAAGUUCCCCCAUACUGUAUUAUAGUGACAAAGUUUUGUUUAGAGGACUAGUAAGAAGUUUUUUUGGCGUCUGAACCAUGCGUCUCUCCUCAAAACAUUCCACUGUAUCCUGAUUGAACAUCAUCAGCGUAACAGGACAUCAGAAUCACUGUUUGCUUGUACAGUUCUGGUGGUUAGUGAUUGGGAAAGUGACUGUGAUAGUGGUGAGAGCAGCUGAGUGUUAUUUGUUUUACCAUGUUUGACCUGCGUUCAACAUUUUUAUCUCUGUUAUGUGACUCUGUGUCAGUGUUUUAUUACUCCCAAACAGCCUUCCUUCCUUCCUUAAUGAUCUAACAACCUCUUGAAGAUCCUCCCCCAAACCAAACUGUGCCCACCUGCCAUGGAAAUGCACUGCCCUGCGAGACUGAACACGCUCUAACUAGUGGUCAAAAUGAUUGUUUGUUUUUUGUUUUGUUUUUUGCCAAAGACUGUUUGCACUGCAACAUAUGCCUUUCAACAAUAAAAUGGCCACAUAUGAAA